GACCACCUCCGUUGUGCUUAUAUUAAUGUUGCACUGGCUUCCUUUGGCGGACAAUGUGUCGGUGCAUCAUCGAACUAUAACUUCUGCAGCCGCGUAAUAGAUGGUAAUGCAGAAGACGGUUCAGACAGUCACGAAUGGUGGCAUGGGAAUGGCGGAGUGGGCUUGUGGGUUCAGAUUAACUUCACUCGAAAGUUCGUUAUCAACACCAUACGUGUAAAGCAGAGACCCUACGCAGGUGCACAAAACAAAGGACUUAAACUUACCUUUAUGGAAGGGUCUGACGAAUAUGUAAGUAACACAGAAUAUUUUCUGACAGUUGUAGUGAUGUUAUGAACCCCGAUUACAACAUAAAACAGGAAAGAUGACAUUAAAGCCAGGAUGGAAAUAGACAAACGAAGUCCGCCUUUUUAUAAAGCAGAAAAAAUAUGUUACACUCGCAGGAGCCCACAACAUAAGGGUUUCUGACACACACUGGUUCCAAGUAUAGUGUAUACUGUUUUAGGACUAUAUCGUUGAAGUAAAGUCGACUCUCUCCUUACAGACACCUCUGUAAAAGGAACAUCUACAGUUGGCCCUUGCCUCUGCGUCCUCCAUUUAUUUGGCUCUCUAUAAGACCGGGAUCUUCCUAAGUUGUUCACUUAGUGCUUUUACCAGAGGUGUUCAUCUUAGAGAGAGCUGACUGUACAUAAUUAAAGCAGCGGUGUGUAUACAUACAUUUAAUUUAACUUCCCUGUUACCGUUUAAAGAAAAGAUAUAUUGGAAAUACCAAGGCUCUUCAUUAGUCAGUAACAAGUACGCCCAAAAUUAAGUUGCUGCUUCCACACCCAUAAAUCAUCGAAAUAAGGCGAAAAUAUAGUAAAUAUAAAAAAUCUUAACAGUUUCCGUUUUUUUUGGUGAUCUGCGUUGUCUUCAUGUUUUUAAGAAUAACUGAGUUAUUUCUUGGCGUUCAUUGGUCGAGGCUUCUUUGCGUUCAUUGGUUGAACCUAUAGAUAUGGAAAUGACGUAACGAUGGUGUAAUUAGAGAGCUUUAAGGGAACUUAAGCAACGACGACGGCGACGUCAACGAGAACGGCAAAAAAACAAUAGGUUUAGAUUAGCAAAACAACAACUUUGCAAGUGCAUCACACUUUUUUGUAAAUUUCUCUGCCGUCACUGCACGACUACGACGUGAAAAUACCAUAUUUCGCGUGUUGUGGUAGCCUCCCACGCAGGCGUUUUUAGGGAUGAAAAACGAGCUCCCCUAAAAACACCUGCGUGGGAGGCUAGUGUUGUGGAGGACGUGAACAAAAAAGACGACUUUACUCUUUUUUCCCUGAACUUUGAUACAGAAAUAAUAAUAAUAGUAAUAAUAAUAAUAACUUUAUUACUUUCCACGGAUGGCUUUUCAAAGUAAUUCCAUCAACAUUAUGAAUAAAAAUAUUAGAAAAGUAUAAAACAUUAAAAGACAAAACUAUAAAACUUACUAUAUAUUCCCAAGAUUUUAACAAGAAAAUUAUCUCCGUUACAAAGAAGAAAAGUCAUAUAAGCAACCCUGUCUUAAGAACAGACUGCUUACUGAGACGACUUUAAAUAACGCAUAAGUUCCUUCUUGAAUGCCGCAAUGUUUGUUAUUUUAGUGAGCCUUUCGGGUAGGGCGUUCCGCAGUGAAACGGCCUGAUAAUGAAAGGACCUUUGGUCUGCUGCAGUUCUGUCCCCUGGAAUGUCAAUCUUAUUCUUGUUGCCCGUGUCAGAGAUGUGAAUUUCGGACCGCGUUUUAAAUUUUUAUAGCCAGAUAGUCUGGAGCCAAUCCCCUUAAAUACUUGAAAGCCAGUAUGCCAUCUUUGUAGACAAACAUGGAUGCAACAGGUAGUCAUUUAAUUAGUUCUCUAAGAACAGCUAAGAACAGGAGUGAUGUGAUCACGUUUUACACAAACGGGUUAUGAUCCUAGCUGCGAAGUUUUGAACGUGCUUUAAUUUAUUGAUAUUCCUAGUCGUCGUACUAGACCAAACGACGUGAGGUCUUUUAGAAUUCAAAUCCAGAAAAUAUUGCCAACAUUUAACGAACUGAACGAGGUGGAAAAAGCGCGCUGAAGUUUGAAGCAGCGCGAAUUCACUUUUAAGUGACGGUUUCGUAGCGUCGCCGUCGUCGUUGCUGAAGCUCCCUUUAGAUUCGAUUACGAGAACGACAUCUAAUUUUAAGUUUCUCGCCUAUUCUCUAAAAUAAAAAACUUCAUUGUACUGUUUUUUACCACCAAAGUUAGCUCGCUUGUUUCCAUUGAAGGAGGUUAAGCCCUCUCCCGAUCGCUAAAUGAUGAUAUUUCUAACAUUUGAUAACUUGUUUUCGCCACUACGACAUUCUCCGCUAAAACUCGUAGUAGACUGACGACGGCUACCACGUUUUCCCGCCAAAAUGAAGCUGUUUUGCGCGCGUGCACCACUUAUUUAAGUAUUGAGAAGAUCUCGUUCUCGUUGUCGUCCUCGUCUUAAAUUCUAAAGCUCUCUAUUCUAGGGAGCUUAAGCAGCGACGUUUUUGAGCGACGCACGUCAACCGGAAGUGAGGUAUUUUCCCUCUUAACAUGCCUUGAUGAUAUAAAAUUUGUAUUCCUUAGCUUCUUUACUUUUAUAGAGGCGAUUUGACUGAAAAUUUGCGCGAAACCACCGUCAAAAAAUGAAAAAAGGCCACUUCCGGUUGACGUGCGUCGCUCAAAAACGUUAUUGCUUAAGCUCCCUAGUUUCUUGGCGUCACGGUCGGGUGCAAUCACCAAAUGACGCGGUCUGCUACACAGCCGUUUUUAGAGUCCUUGUGAAGACUACAAAUGACAUGGUCAUACAAAAGAUUAAAAAGACUUUUAACAAUACCCACACCACAAAACAAAGCGAACCAACAAUGGUUUCCGCAACACCAAGAAACAAAUCUUAAGGCUUAGCGUUUAAAAGGGAAGAAGUCAACAAAUCGAUCUGAUUUCCCCCUAGGUGGAACUGACCCAAAAUCAAGGUGUUGAUCAUUUGGCCGAUGCGGUCUGGGACGAAAGGAGCUUUGCUGACGUAUUGACCGAUUCAGUAAAAGUUGAAGUGGAGAGCGUUUACACCACCCUUAACAACGGCUUCAAAGAAAUCCAGUUUUAUCACAACAACUGUAUUACAGGUUUGUUUGUUGUUUGAACGAUAAAUGUGUAUCUUUUAGCCUGUUCCAGGCUUUUAGUAAGUACGAACAGGCGGGAAAAAACCGCGAACUGAAAUCGAGGAACCUGGGAAAGGAUGGUAUGUAUUUUAAUUGUGACUUAGGAAGAGUAUCAAACCUGUCUAGGGGGAAUGUGGACGCCGGAGACCCCGGUGUUGUGGCCUAUCUUUCAUGCGUGUGUCUAUAUGUAUUUAGUAAAAUCCAGCUAGUGGUCUAUUAUCAAUGCUGCGUUCUGAUUGGUUGAGCUACUACUAGGCUAUAUGUUAUAGCCUACUAGUAGCGAAAAGCGCGCCCUUUUUGACGGCAAAAAAGGAUUAAAGUCUAGCUUUAACUAGCUAAAAAUUUUUUAUUCUUGAUAUUUUUGACCAACUAGUUGGAUUUUACUAAAACAAUUAUUCCUCUCGCCCUCAUGGCCUCUGAGUCAAUAGCCCAUGAGGCCGAAGGGCUCAGCGAGGGAUAAUUGUUAAGUAUUGCCUUAGCAGGUCAAUAUAAGCUCUGAAGCUGCCCUUCAGUUUAUGACCUGCUUUAUCAAAUAAAACUCUAGCAGAGAGAAAAGCCUUUGUUACAGUGUAGACAAUGGAAGAGUGUGGUGUAUUGUUCAAUAGACGUUCUUUUUGGCAUUUUGAUCCCCGUUAACUCCUUUUAUCUUAUUCUAUUCAGAUCAGCUGAGUGGCUUUGUUGUUCUACCAGCGGCAAAAACAACAGAACUACACCCUCUGUCCGGAAAAUCCAUCUCGGUACUAAUACAGGCUAAACAAAGUGUUUCUGUAAUUCUUCAUGAAAAGCCACAGGCCACCUCAGCGGGAUAUCGAUUUAAAAUCUUCUACAAUAGUGGCGUUUCAGGAAUAUAUCGUUCUACGGGAGGCGGAAGCGAAACUUUGCAACAUUCACAAAGUACUCCAAAUGCUUUAGUAGCAAACCAAUCUCGCCCUUUUUGGAUAGACUUCCGGUCGAGCAACCUGGUGCUGGGAUCUGGGGGCGACGUUCUGUUGCAGUGGAAUGACCAGUCACCUUUUUCCCUUAGUUACGUGUCCUUUACUGCAGAUGAUACACAAUCUACAACGAUCACAAUGUUCAACAGACAAAAAGAGAGUGAGUUGGAUUUUUCAUGUUUGCCUUUGCUGGGAUGCCUAGUGUAGAUUUAGAUUGACGGGUUAAGUUUUAAGUAUUUUAAUUGACGGCAUGUAAGUGAAAUUCUUGUUCACGAAUUUCUUCUUCCCAGCGACAUGACUUGCUUCCUGCACACAUCACAGGGCGCCACUAGUAACCCGGGGUGGGGGUGUGAAUGGGAGGUUGGUGGGAAUGUGCCGCAAGGUCUUUAGACCCUGAUUCUGUUUGAUACAAAGUCCGUACCCUGUUUUAAUAAUAAUAAUAAUAAUAAUAAUAAUAAUAAUUAAAGUUCUUAAAAACGCAUUCUACAUAUAAAUGUCUCGAUGCUUUUUACAACUGAAAGAAAGAGCUCUCACGAAACAGACACGUUUUCAAAGCCCUUUUAAAACUAACAACAAAUGAAGUUGCUUUGUCUAAUGGAAAGCGCUGGAUGAUUCCAUAACUUCGUAGCUAUUGCCGCAAAAGAUCUAUCACCGUAAGUAACUGCAAUAGUCUUUGGGAUAACUAGGAGGUUGGAAUCACUAGAACGAAGAGAACGACAGGGAGUGUCAUGAUCUAACGGGUCGUUAGUAUACACCGCGGCAAGGCCAUUAAGAGAUUUGUACGUGAUCAACAGUAACUUGAAAAUUAAUUGUAUUCUGUCCUUAAAGGGAAUCCAUUGCAACUUUUUUAAAGCAAAAGUUUAGACGAGAGUCUUUUUUUCGCGACCCAAUAUUACAUCAAUUAAAUCAAGACCGCGCAGGAACUUGUUUUGUAGAAGCCGUUGAAGGGUAAAUUAAAUCUGCGAUUUAACAUGCGAGGGGAAGGAACACCUUUAAAUCUGAAAAUUAAGCGUUUGGAAAUGGUAUAUUGGAAAAAAUAAAAAAAUACACCUACGAAAACGUCUGCCAGUUGGAGUAGCAUAAGAUAAUGCCCUGGGUGGAAACGUGUCUCUACUUUUUUAAUAGGAGCGCGCGUGCUUAAUUGUUGGCUUAAAGGCUUACAGUCGUUCAUUAACUUUUUCACAGCCCAAUGCUACAAAGAUGCUGAUCAUUUAAUGCCGCUGGACCGAUACGUAGGUGGAACAUUUUAUGAUUUGAUUGGUUCAAAGCACGGAAAGGGUGAGAAAGGGGCGAUAUAUGGUGGCAUAGGAUACAAAGGCCUUACUACAGGGGUCGCAGAGAUAAAAACUACCAGUGAUCAGACAAUUGACUUUGGAUACUUUGGAAACUGCAUCAGCGACUUCGCGCUGUGCCCUUAUGGCAUCACUAUUGGGUUCUGGUUCUGGGCAAAGAGUGGUGCAGACAGCGAUAUUCUGUACUCAGCUGAAAACAAUGCUGAUCGAGGACUGGCAAUUUUCUACGUAACAUCCACCUCAAAACUGACUGCUAAUAUCUAUUCGACCACCAAAUAUGGCAGCAUAUCUCUUGUAAUAACUCCUGAGAAGUGGUACCAUAUCUUUAUUGCCUGGAGAGAAAAUCCUAGUACCAAUCCUUGGAUGGUUGUCAAUGGAGCAGACGCGUUUUGGGGAACAGUUCUUGCAACGGACAGAACAGUUGAAACGCACCACAAUCUUCUGAUCGGACGGCGACCAACAGGAGGAUCGUCCCACUUUAAAAUGAGCCUACUUGUUAUUUACAGCAAAAUAGCCUUAGGUUAUACAGAGAUGCGAAAAAGGUUCCACUGCGUUGGGAUGUUACCUUGUGAGUUCAUUACUGCUUGUGGUAAAAAGAUUUAGCAAAGCCUGAAAGCGGAGCCCUUUUUAAAUUCAAACAUUUUACAGGAAACAAUAAACUUUCGAUCAUUUUAAUCGAAUUUUAUUUCGCACUGACAAACAAGGAACUAAGUAAAAGGAACGUCAGCCUUUGAAUGUUGUUUUGAGUCCGCGAUUCAAUGAAACUUCUCAACUUAUAGGCAAAACAUAACUUUAUAAAAAAUACUUGUUUUCGAUGAGAAGUGUACCUGAGCCCGCGAUACUCAUCAGAUACCUGUCAGCGUAAGCUUCAUUUUGACGAUUAAUGGAAACUAACUUUGAUAUACGGGCUGACGACAGUGAAUUCUCUUCUUUGUGUCUGGGUUAAUUUGACAUUCCUUUGUCUCUAGCAAAGCUUUAAACAUCCGGUUCUUAUAAACCUAAGCAGAAAUGUUGAGAGUUAAUUUAAGGGGUUCAAUUAGCCACAGUUCUUACUUGUUACAAGUAUGCAUUCUCCACUUCCUUGUACUGUGGUUGUGAAGUUAGUUGGAUAUUUCCUUAAGUUUUGUUUACAAUUAGAGCCCGAAUAGGAUUCCCAGAACGAUUCUUGCUUGGCCCUAAUAUGUGCGCAACCUUCUGUUCAGUACCUGCGCAGAAGCGCUCCGCAUGGGACCACUACGUCAAAAAUUCGUUGCUAGUAAGACUAACUGAUAACCGGGCAGCAUGUCUUUCAGUUGUGUCUACACCACACUCGUUUUUAAUCACUCGUAGGAUUGGAAACCGACUAGGAGUUACUAGAGCCCAUUAUCACUGUUAACGUUUAAACGGCUGAGUUUUUUAUCAUCUAUCGACAGCUUAUUCAGACUGCCCCUUUAUUGAAGUUAACGAUCGCAUAAGCACCGGUUGGGCGGGCAUAACAGAGGGGGACUGUGUGGCUACUGGUUUCUGUUACUUGGACAGCACUUGCUUCCAUAGGGACGGACAAAGCAAUUAUUGUAAGUAUUACAGAUGUCUCGUUUGUAGUGCAAACGUGACAAAGUUACUUCCCAAAGAAAUCACACUUGACAGUCACGACAGUUGCAUAAGAGACUGAAACGGGUAGUGACACUUUAAUUCCCAAAAGGUUCGGUGUAAAUUAAUCAAGAGUUGGGAAAGAACACUCGGCGAUGUAAAAAAUGUCCUCUGAUCAACAAAAUGAAUCACUAAUGUAGCAAACCCCACUUUAUGGUUUUGGAGCGUUUUUUUUUUAAUCCAAGUCCAGCUUGAAACUGCCGGUUUAAGACGAUUUCAAUUUUCAGUCCACUCCCUUCCUACCCGUCGUAUGUCAAAGACAGUUUUCAUGUACAAGUACACCGAGUAACGGUUAAAAAGAGAUAAGACUAUCAUAAACGGGGUUUCCAGUAAAAUGAACCCUAGAGGCUUUGAAGUGACGUCCAAAAUCAUUUAAAUUUGGGUAAUUGACUGCAUCGAGAGGAACAGCUGUUGUUACUUACGGACUAUAAAAACUAGCUUCACGAAACAAGGAAAAUGUACCUUCUUUUAGCGUCCUGACAGAGUAUUUCAUAAAACAGUAAUUACUCUCUCCUACCACCAACUCUUACUGAUUUUCCUUUUAUGCUUAAAAAUUUGCAGCUAAACUUGGCGUUGGAUGGGGCUCGUCAGCAUUAAUGACAGCAUCCUCCUAUACACCUGGUUUUAUAGGUGAUAAAGGAAGGCUGACUUGGAGGCUCGCAUCAGGUUUGUACAGCGGUAUUUCACAUCGAGGACGAGAGAUUUGCCAGAGGACCUACGUGCGGCGAAUUCAGCCUUACUUAUCCAUUGUUUAGGACUAAUAAGAUAGAAUCAUUACUGCUAAAUAGCCCGGGGGGGUACUUCCUUAAAAGAGGCUAAUGUGGAUGUGUCGCUGGAUGGGGUCUCACUUUCACGACUGGAUUGACUAUACUGGGGUCGCAUUUUCAAUAGAGUUACUAGAAUGGAGUCGCACAUUUUCGGAUUUUGGGGGGGUAAGACAGUUCUUCAUAUUUACUGUUAGCAAACGUACCAGAAUGUUUGUACCGCAGAUGAAAAGUGAAGUGUUGUUCGUUCAAUGUAAAAAAUGGGUCAAUUCAUAAAAAUAGGAAGUGACUAAGUUAGAUUCGCGAAAUUACAUAUUUGUGCAAAAAGUGACUAAGAUGGGGUCAAUAAUUGGCCACAGAGUAGACUAUAAUGGGAUAGGGGCUCUGAGGGGCCAGCGGCACAUACCCAGUAAAAAUUAGCCCAAGUACCCCUCCCCCCUCCCCCCCAGGCUAAAUAAAACUCUUUUUUCUUUAGAUACAUCUUGGUCUAUUGAAGCUUGGAAACCGCAAUCCACAACUGGUGAUCAGUGGGUGGAGGUGGACGUGAACCAAGUUAAGACAAUCACUAAAGUGGCUACCCAAGGUCGCAGCAGUUCUUACGUCAUGACAUACACCGUGUCUCAUAGUAAGAGUGCUUUAUGGGAGGCGUAUUUAGAAAACAACGCAGUUAAGGUAAGGCAACACGAAUGCGACAACAGUGGAACCUUUCAUGAGCGACCGCCUCAAGGUACGGUAACACGAGCAGCAGAAACGUUCAACUUAUUUUGCACCAUUGCUGCAAAACGAGUUGAAUAGCGAUGUUGGGCGUUUUACCAGCCGCGAAGAAAACCUGUCUUGCAACCUGACAAACGAGGUUGUUGAAGGUUGCGAAAUGUUGUUACAACAAAAGCUGUUCGUGUUGUGCGUUUUACCGGCUUAAAGGCAAACUUGUUUUGCAAUUAGUGACGUAAUUCACGUGUAUAGCGUCACUUCCGUGUAAUUUUAUCCAAUCAGAAGUCAGUAUUCACGCAUCUUGUAACAACCGCUACCCAAUGAUCCCCAUGCUCUCAGAAGAGAGAGUACCUCAAUUAAAGAUGAAUUGAGAAAAGUCUUUGAAUAGCGUCAGAAUCACUUCCGAAAUGAAUGAAUUUUUUUCUGUAGCAGAAGAGAGCUUCCUUUUUACAUUUUAAUGUCAAUUUUUCACAGCUUUUUACGGGAAAUACUGAUGCAAGCUCUGUGGUUCAAAAGACCUUUACCAAUCCAUUCGUGGCGCGGAAAGUCCGACUUCACAUCAAGUCAUGGAAUCACGAACCUGUUCUCAGAAUGGAGCUGUAUGGCAAAACAACGCGUGAGUCUAUUAACCCUUUAAGCCCCAAGAUCCACAUACAAAUUCUCCAGACUGAUCUCCAUACAUUUCUUUUAAGAAUAGUUGAGAGAAUUUGGUUUAAGAUCAAAGCAUUCUCCCUUUGGUAAUCAAUUUAGUAAUUCUCAUAACCUUUACUCUUGAUGAUCUGCUGAUGUUGUUAGGAGAAAAUUGAUGUUGUCACUCUUGGGAGCUAAAGGGUUAACCAAGCUUUCGUCUUAAUGUCCCAUAUUCUUGCAGUAAACGAAAUGGUCAAAGACUUUUUAAUAUGAUUUAACGUUCGAUUAAACGACUUCAGACUUUGAAUCACAGCGGACUCAAAUUCAGCUACUUUGUGCUGCUGAAUCGAUUUUGUCAGUUGAGAGGCCGAGACGUAACUAUAACAUAUUUCACGCGCGGCUCACGUUCUUGGUGCUUAACUCGUCCUCCACUGCACGCUUGGGCAACUAAGUAAUGGUAACAGGACUAAGUGGAGUCCAAUUAAAACACAAGAUAUUCCGACAGUUUUUGUUGCUAAAAGUAGCACCCACUGUCCUAUGGGUAUGACGCGUACUGUCCUCUUAUAGUGUCCUAUAAAUUCUGAAAUCAGGACAGCUGAUAGAUUGGAGAAUUUUGACAUGUGAUUAGGCCUAUUCCACAGUAAACCAGUGGUUUCGAAAAAAGGUAAUCCAGAAAUGGUUUUCGGGGCUAUUUUUGAAAUGUUUGUGUUCUAUUUUGCAAAUAGUUUUGCAAUUCAACUGGUCAUUUGGAAGACUGGGUCAAUGUCGUCUUGAAUGGCAUUGUGGGACUGUUCCGAGGACGCUAUUAGCUCUUUCAUUGGUUACAAGGAAGUCGCACAGGAGGCUGGGUCCAAAUUGGCUCCCCAAAAUAGCCCCAUAGUGCAAUUCGACACGACAUUGAACCAGUCUCAAGCGGAGCUCCAACAUAUCUUAUUUAGGUUUAUCUUUUUUUUUUUUUCAAUAUAGCGGAAAAUUACGUUGGCUGUUAUUUGAGUGGUCCAUUUAAGGCAUGUGGAGACUACGGCAAGAAUUCCCUGACCCCGGAGAUCUGUACCACAUGCUGCGGCAAGGCAGGCUAUGCAUACUCUGCUGUCAAACGUGGAGAUCAGUGUCUCUGCAGUGACUCAGUUGACGCCGUCAAUAAGGUGGGCGAACCACAAUGCGAUGUGCCAUGCACAGGCAACCCAAUAAUACAAUGCGGUGGACGAUCUGCCUACAGCGUUUACAAUGCUUCAGGAAAGUACGACUAUGAACUUGGCCUGACCAUGCCCACAAACGUAUCUGUGUCAGAAAGAUUCAAUGCUACGUUUUCCAGUUACACUGGAGCAUCGUACACGUUGGACUUUGGGGAGGGCAUCUUAGUCACCACAGAGAAGUCUGUUGAAUCGUAUCUCUAUCACUCUGAGGGGAAACACGUUGUUUAUGGCCAGGCGCUGUUGGGCGAUUAUGGUGAACCACACUUACGUACCACAUCAUUGGCGGUAAGAAGCCCAGGGACACUUCCUAUAGUAGCCUAUACGGGGAGGCUCCGCCCGUAAGGGGUACCUUUUUCAGGUCUCAAGCCUCAGGUAUAUGAAAGGGUUGUGCAGACGGCAAGGCCGAAGGGUUAAAGCACUGGACUUGUAAUCCGGAGGCCCCGAGUUCAAGUCCCUCCCUGAACGCUAGCUGGAUUUGUACUUGGUAUUCCCGAGUUCAAAUCCUCGGCCAUGCUUGGAAUAGGCAACUGGGUUUGUCCUCCUACCGGUUGGGAUUCUUUAACAUAUUAUGUUCCGUUUAAAUUAUUGUUUUAUUAUCUCUGAAAAGCCCAUAAGGGGAGUGGAUAAUUAAGUAUUUAUUAUUGUUGUUGUUAUUAUUAUUAUUAUUAUUAUUAUUAUUAUUCUAUUAUUAUUAUUAUUUCACGAGUUUAAGUAUAUAAAAGGGUAGGGAAAUCUGUCUUUCCGUCUAUAAAAAGAUCUAAAAGGGCCAAUAGAAGAAUUUAUGGCUAUGAAAAAGUCGAGAAAUUUCCAUUUUUUUUAUUCACUCUUAUUUUAAAGGCAGUGCAUUUGUAGCAGUCAAAAGGGGUUCAAUGUUCUAAACUAGGUAUGUGAAAGGAGUACCAUUUGUCAAUGAGCAUAUAUAUGAAAGGGGUACCUUUUCUGUCAAAAAUUAUGGUAAUUAUAAUGUACAAAACUUUGUUAAGUAACCCCCGCUGAGGUACAUUGUCUCUGAGAAAUCUUUGUUGACGUCAUUGUUUACAUUUUUCCUCAUUAGCAUACGACUUAACUCGUUGAAGCCGUGGCCACAUAUAUGAACUAAAUGCAAAAGUUUAAAGAGCUGAUGAAGUUGAGCAAUUUGUGCAAUUUUCAGCUCUUUGCAUGCAAUAUUGAAGGAAAUAUCAGCCAUCAAAAACUGCGAAAUUGCUGUGUGGCAAAAAAGUUAAUGAGCGAUACAUUCUCAGUAAAAUUUCGAGUUUUUAGAAUAGAAUUUCUCCGAAACCAUUCGGUGUAUUGGGCUCAAAUUUUUAGAGAUAACUAAAACUGUUACGCCCUUUCAACAUUCGGAGUUUUUAUUUUAUUAGUGUCAUCAGAUAGUGAUAAGCCUAAGUUAGUGAGGUAAAAAGUGUAUAUCAUUUCCAUUUUCUUUCUUUUAGGUGAAUGUUUACUCUUUUGUAAAUCUGCUUGAACUCAACUGUCCCUCGAUCGUUGAGGCAAACGAGGAGUUCGGGUGUCCGAUAUCCGUUUACGAAGGGACUGACAUGCAGUUGGACGCUCAGUUUACCAAGGGAAGCGCAAUUUCAUCUCCCCUGGAUGGUAAGUGUUGUGAAAGCCCGCAAUAGUGAACUUACGUAAGAGGACGGCGGGGCAAAGAAGAGGGCAAACCUUGUGUGGCAAACAUGACAAAAAUAGUUUUUGAAAAAAACGUCCGCUAAUCUUGACCUCCUUCCUUAAGGAGAUCUUUUACCAUAUUUGCCACACAAUAUGUAAGCAACUUUUACAUGUGCGCAUGUGAGCAAGGAAUUGAAGUAAGGCCUGAGCGGGCUUGGCUAUUUCGGAAAGACGUCAAAAAAGGCAGAGAGUUCCUUUAUCAUUUCUCGCGCGUCUUUGCGCACUGAGUCAAAUUACGGUGUAUGCUCUUCGUCUUCUAGAUGCUCGUACAUACACUGUUGGAGAGGUUUUUCAGUCUGCACUCGGGAGUGGUGGAGUACAAUACACCAACGUAACUGUGCUGCUACCAAGUUACAGGUUUGAGGAUGACUGCAAGCUAAUAGGUUGGAGGAUUUGUACAGAGACUAGCGGCUACGUAUCUCUUCAGGUAGGUAUUUAUUACCCAAUCAGAGCCACUCACAAUAUAACGGGUGGAAUUUCAAACUGGCCAAUGAGAUGCUAGCCUGCGAAUAUAGCCGUGUCUCCUCGCUCCGUCUGCACUUUAGUGACAGAAAUUCCAUACUUAUGAUGUAAAUCAAUGUUUACCUAAUUAAAACGGUAGUCAUGGGUUUCCAAAUGUAAAUUUGUUCCAUUAUAUGUUUCUUCUGGUCGAUUAUGAUAAAGUUUAGUGCUCUCCUGCAAACGACCUCCAGCAAAACUCAAACUUCUUGCUCGAAGUAUAUUGAAAACUUAACAUUCUUGCAACAAUUUAACGUGAUUACCGAUCCAUAAAAAUGAUUUUUCUAGGUGUGUCGAUGUACAGUUGACUCCCUAUAACUCGAACCCUCGCUAACUCGAACCUCGCGCUAACUGGAACCAAAGUCGAUUUCCCCUGGAUCUCCUUCAUACAUUUACUGUAAUCAUGUUUACCCUCGAUAACCCGAACCUCCCGCUAACUCGAAGUAGUUUUUGUUUCCCCUCAGGUCAUUUCUAUAUAAUUUUACCCUCGAUAACUCGAACCAUAUUUAUUCGCGUGACAAGUCGAAAUAAAAACAGAGUUCUGAAGUCCGAAACGUUCAAUUUAUUUCAAAACAACCGUGUCAAUUCCUUGUCUUUUUUGUCAUUCCAGUUCAAGUUCAGUGUCCAUCCCUGUAUGUUAAUCAAGCUUCGUUUCUUAAUUUCUUUUUCAAAAUAUUAAUCUAUAUCUCUUGCUGUUCUUGGAAGUGAAGUGUGCAUGACACCUGCAUUCCCUCCCCAUCUAUCCAUUUGCGUAUUUUCUUAUUUCCGGUUAUUUGCUUCGAACUUGCGAUAACUCGAAUUUUUUUCAAUUUCCCUAGAAGGUUCGAAUUACUGGGAGUCGACUCUGUCGCGUUGAUGAAGUAAACUCGAACCAUUGCACGUUAUAUUUUUCACAACAUGCACCUGCGUUCACCUAAAUUACCCACAAUUUGCUCUAUUUUGUCACCGCGAAUAACGCGACUGAUUUAUUGGCCAUUUGUGAGUAUAAGCUUGCAGCGGUGCAAGCGUUUUUUUCGGUAACCUUGGUGACCCAGAGAAGGAAGGAAGAAACACUUUUUCUCCCUCCUUCCCAAGCGCCUUUGCGCAUGCCAAUUUUCCUUUCCAUAAUCCUUUGCGAGAAUAAAUAAGUGAAGACAGGUGCAAGUCUGUGGCAUCCUCUCAAAAACACUCAUGCGCACCAGGACAGUAAGUUAAUGGUAGCAAUGAUUUUUAAUAGCAAGAUCAACCAACUCAUUUAGUCAUUCAUUUCAUUGACAGAUAUAUCGAAAAGUGUGCGGAACCGGACCUCUCAACCUCUACUGCAAUAUCAAUUCCAUUUGUACUGAGGCUCCCCCUUGCGGCAAUACCUCGGCCACUAAUUGUAACAAUGAUGAAGUGUUUUCGUUUGGCUCAUGUACUUGUAAUGACGAAAAUGUAUCACCGAAUACCAUUCCAACUGCCACAUUGAACGAAAAGUACGAGCUGGUCUCCGAGCAUCUUAUUUUCGUUUCCAAAGGUGGCUGCCAUAUAUUCUCCUUCGAUGACAUUAAAAAUAGCACCGACGUCAAAGAAGGAGACAUCAUUGGUUUCACUUACCAGGGCGGUGGCCACACAGAAAUAAUCGCUCGAAAAAGUGAAGACAGUAAAAAAUACAAUUCCACGGCAUUUUAUUUCAAUGACGCUAAUCUUCACUUGGGUUCCGUUUUGAUUACAACCCAGUCUACUCCAUCUAGCAUCAGCCAGCUCCAGUUUGCUGUAGAAGCGGUUUGCCGCUCCCCCGCUAAGAUGCUGCUUCUUCACACUUAUGACAUUGGUCAUUAUUACGAGCAAGCAACGGUAAGCGGACCGUUGAAUUCAGUCACAAAAACGGCGCACAUAACGGCAACCGAGAGCGUGGCAAACGUCACAAUGACCACGCCCGAAGCUGUAGCAACCAACGAUUCAUUUAUAGUGACAGUACAUCCUCAUCCUGGCUACAACAUUACCUACGUUGUAAAUUAUGGUUCGGGCUACAAUGAGACCUCGUUUACUGAACUUGCAGACCAGGACCAGCUAUUAAACUACGAGUACCGCUUGAGCGGCACAUACUCCGUAUCACUUCACGCCAGUAACAUUCUCUCUUUUUCGAUAAGGACCUGUACGGUUGUAGUACAAGACAGGGUAUUAGGCUUGGCGUUUUACAGCCCUGUACUCCCGGUGGCGUUGGGAAACAUAACUUUUAUACAGUGGCUUGUUAGGCAAGGAGACGGCAUUAACAUAACAGUUGAUUUCGGUGACGGAACCUCCUAUCAGAAUGGCUCGUUUGAUGUCGGCUAUCUUUUUGCUGCAAUAAAUAACCAUACUUACGCAGCUACAGGGGAGUAUGCUAUCACCAUAAACGUGUCCAACUGUGUUUCGAACGCGUCAAUAGAGAGUCUGGCCAUAGUGGAGUUACCGGUGACCGGUCUAACUUGUACCGUCCACCAUGCGCACAGAGACAUAGAAGUUAAUGAGACCGUGACAGUCGAGGUCACAAUCACCCAGGGAACCAACCCAGAAAUCUUUAUCGACUUUGGAGACGGUUCGGCUACCACGACGCGAGAUCUAACCGCUCAGCAUUCUUAUUCGCCAUUCGAUUUUUACAAUGUGAGCUGCUCUGUUUACAAUAACAUAAGUAUGCUAAAUGCAUCGAAAGAAAUCCAAGUACAUAAACCGGUCGAUCCCCUGAUUGGCUUCAACGUAACUUGCUCUCACACCAACCUGACUGAUCUUACUCCCUGCAUGUUGAACAUAAGUAUUGGAACCGAUUUUACAUGCACGUGGGAUUGGGGCGAUGGCACCACGAACGAAACUGUAUUUGAACAACUAGGAAAUUUCACCUACCACAAUUACAGCAGCGUAGGUCACUUCCACGUACAACUUAACUGCAGUAAUCGAUUGAAUAAGACCACAGCGGAGACAAUAGCUAUUGUUGAGGAGCCCAUAAUUGGAUUUGAAGUAGUUGAUCCGAUAGCAAAGCCUUUUGCAGAGCGUUUCUCCGUGUACUGGAACACUAUUACAGGAACUGAUGCAAUCUUCAAUGCAACAUUUACGCACAUUAUCGAUGGAACUUCCUUCGACUUAGAAGUUAAUACAACGAUAGGUACAACACAUGGGACAGCGGUCGUAUUCGAAUACAUGAUGCCAGAUAUAGGCAUCUAUGAGCUCAUGGUGACGGCCAUCAAUUACGUAACCCAGCGGCAAACGAUAUAUUUAACGGUGAUGGUGGACGUGCCAAUAGACACGCCACUUUUGACCCGAUUCAGUCAAUUCGUUGAGGUAAACAAAACAGCAAAUUUCUCCUGCCAAAUGGCAGCGGGCAGCAACGUGAGUAUUUGGUGGGAUUUUGGAGAUGGUUCCGAUGUUAUAAAUCAUCACUACCAAGGAAAUUUCUCUAUUGAUGGGGUCACUAUUCAACACGUCUAUAUGUACGAAGGGAUAUACAGAGUUACUCUCUUCGGCAACAACAGUGUCAGCAACUUUACCCGUUUCAUACUUAGUUACAUACAAAACCCACAUUAUUUGACUCUGACAACAAAUAGCCCGCAGAACAUUCCUCCAGGCACAAUCACCUUUACGAUUGCUGUUGUCCCGGGUCAAGUACAUCCCACAAAUUCAAGCUACACGGUUAACUACGGUGACGGAACGUCGGUUGCAAACGUUUCUUUCCUAGCACCACUUAUACUCCAACACUCCUAUGGAACGCACGGCGCGUAUACCAUGAACAUUACUGUUAAUAAUGAAAUUCACCUAGCCUUCAUGGAAAUAGAAGUCGAAGUCCAGACGCCCAUCACUAACUUCUCAGCGGUUUCUUUGAACACAGGACCAGAAGCGAACAUUGGAAAACCAGGAUUUGGCCAUGACAAAACCUAUUUCCCAUGCGAUUUCCCCGUCCUUUUCAAUACUACAAUGGCAACUGGAACUAAUGUAACGUAUUAUUGGGAUUUCAGUAAUGGAUAUGAAGUUACCACUACUAGUCCUUUUAUAAAUUACACGUUUGAAAUUCCGAAUUUAUACACAAUCAACAUUACAGCAUGGAACGUCGUGAGUAAAGACAUCCUUCAGCUUACGGUCCGCUCACAGUGUAUGGUCAAGACAAUAAAUUUCACAAAUGACGGGCCUCAAAAGCUGGGCCUUCGUAUUAAUUUUACCGUUGGAAUUAAACAAGUGGGAACAGAAUCGUGUUUUCUAGUGGAAAUUGGCGAUAGCAAGGUCUUCAACUACAAGACUGAUGAUGCAAUUACCUGCGAGGAAGAAUGCAGCAAAGGCGUGCAGGAAGACCGGACCUUUACAGGAAAAAACUUUUCUUUUGACCAUACGUACUCUGCGGUCGAUAAUUACCCGCUUUUGAUCACGGGAUGCAACAAGGUGAGCAAAGUCAACGCAUCAGGUAAAGCUGUGACCUUAGAUAAGCCCUGCGAUUAUCCCGUCGUUACGAUCGACUCAGACGCUGUGGGAAGUAGUCGCGAAAAUGCAGUUCGCUACUAUAGAUGGAAGUCCAUAAAAAUCAAGAAUACCGUAGUAGUGAAUUGUGAAGCUUCUGACAAAACCAAUUUCACGUGGAUUGUGAAGAAGCGGGACGUCGACAGCGCCAGCUUUCAAACGUUCCCUUUAAUAGGGAAUGCCUUAUCAACAUCCAAAAAGUUAACUAUGGAAAUUAACCCUAUGGAAUUUUCUAUCGAUGAAUACAAAUUGGAGUUCACGUGUGCAAUGGCCGAUGUAAAGGGGGUCGAAGGGACUUCCGAGGGAUACAUCAAUGUUAUUCCCUCGGACAUCGAAGCCGCCAUCGCUGGGGGAUCAACUAGGGCAAUUGGUGAAGGAAAAGAAGCCACCAUAGAUGCCUCUAAUACAAAAGACCCGGACGUUCCAGAAAACGAAAACUCGCCUAGUGAUUUCCAGUAUUGCUGGUUCUGUGCUAAACAAGGAAGUUACGACCGUGAACUGGUUAAAAACUGUACCGUGCUUCCCGCGUUUCCUCUAUCUCCGAUUCCACAUGACACUGCUAACAACAGUUCGAACAACGAAACUCAGUCUAACUCUACGGUGGUAGAUGAGGAUGGAUGUUUUGGUUAUUCGCCUGGAAGACUGAACGCCUCCACACCACAGAUCUCUUUUAAUACACUCAGGAUGAGGCUGAACAGCACGUACGAUGUUUGUGUGUUGGCCAUGAAAGACACUCGCAGAAGUGUUGCCUGUACUAGCAUUUUAUUGGUGGAAGGAGAUCCACCAAUUGUUCAUAUCACGUGAGUGAAAUUCCCUCUCCCCUAUUCGCCACUUUAGAAACGAGAGGGAAACUGGACUGAGUAAAGUGUCACAAAGACCUCUGGGAUCGUUACUGAGGACGUGCUGGUCAGCUAUUGGACAAUUUUUCCCCUGUCCCUUGUAACAGUCCCAGAAGUCUUUGCAAACGUUUCCUGUUCGUUUCUAAAUUGACAAAUAGAGAGCUUUAAAGGGUUAUGUCACGAGAAUAUUGCUGUUGUUAGUCGAUUCUGUGUUGAAGCAGGAGCCCAUAGCGAGCAACAUCCACGGACUCGUGUCACGGCGUUUUUACGGAGCAGAUUCUUUUUAGAACUGUUUGGCGCGAAUUUUGACUAUGUUAUAAAUUUCAUAAACCAGUCAGCAAAGCCUACAGACCUAAAAGUGAUAUUUUCUGCCUUUUAAUAACGUUUAGUUUGCCUUUUUGAUAUCUUAUACUUCGAAUGCGCUCAUAGACAUGGUGGAGAAUAUUUUCGCGAGAAAAAGUGCCCUGAAAUGUGUCUAAAAAUAAACUGGUCCGUUAAAAAGCCGUGACAUAGGCCAAGUAUGGGAGUUGCUCACUCCGGAUUAUGGGCUCCUGGCUGAAGUCAUUACCUCUCUUCAGGCGACCGGUGCAAAAAUCAUCACCACUCUCCAUGUCGUUAUAUAUGUCAGUGCGAAAUAUAGUCGAACCUUUAUAUAACGACCCUGUGUUAAGCGGCCACCCUUGAACGGAGACUGAGCCAUAUGGUAUUUUCUGCGGUAUUUUAUGACAAAAUGAGAUGUUUUGUUGUGAACUGUAAGUCAUAGAAAUACGGUACUGUAUAACGCAGUAGAAGAGUAGAUGACAACUUAUUGCACAGUACUUUUACACAAUGUUACGUAUAUUAUACCGUUAAGUUACAAGUUGGCACUGAACUUUGUUUAAAGUAUUGAUCACUUGAAAGAGUGGUGAUUGUGUUAUUGUUUCCUUGCAUAUAGUGACAUAGUAUUUUUGUAUCAUACGCCAUUAAGAUUCACAUUAGACCACGCUCAGUGAGUAUUUUUAGUGAUCCUAUAUUAAGUGGCCACCCGUAUUAAGCGGCCAGUUCCUCAAGUCCCGAGGGUGGCCGUUAUAUACAGGUACGACUGUAGUAGGUGAUUCGCAGUGCAAAACAAGGGAAUUACGCUUACCAUUUGUUAAAGAGUGUGGUUUAGGAAAAUGGCAUUAGAAUUAAUAUAAUGUUCUUUCCUUUAACUUCAGGUGCGUAACAAACUGCAACAAAAGAAUCGGACCUUCUAACAAAAUGACUUUGUCAGGCUGUGCCACUUGCGAAACUUGUACGUGUCAAAAUACCAAUUACGAGUGGAAGAUAUUGAAGGGAGAUUCGCCCUCUGGUCCUUUUCAAGAAGUUGAAAACGUCGAAAGCAUUCUGAGCACCCCCAAAACAGGAAGAACACUUGUGGUAAAAGCAAAUAGUCUGGAGGGAGGCAAGACUUACACGUUCCGACUUGAGGCAUGGGCCCAAGGAACCCAAACCCGUGGGUUUUCAGAAUACACCAGGGAGGUGAAUGUGCCGCCAAAAGAAGGGGUCUGCAAUAUCACUUCAAAACAUGCCGAUACACCCGACCUGGGGUUUGCGUUUCAAGACGACUUUCAAAUCACGUGUAAGGAUUGGAAGGAUGACACUAAGUUGAAAUACAAGGUGUCAACUCAAUCGGACGCCGAUAGUCCAGAAAUUCCAGUUCCUGCGGAGGCUGUACUCUCCCCGGAUGCGCCAUACACGUCACCUUGGUUAACUCUUUCUGUUGGCCUAGAGAGCAGAGGCUAUCGGAUUGACGUAUUCGUUAGAAUUCAAGACGAGGACGGUGCAAUCACUAAAUACGAUCUUCAAGUGAGGGUAAGGAGGAAAGACAGCUAAGAAAUAAAACCUUUAAGGAACUGUGUCACGAAAUUUCAUCAAAAUUCAAACAGCUAGAGAUGCCACCAAACUGAGUGAACAGCACUGUAGCAGCUGUUCGUAAGGUGUCUCCUCAUUGGUCACAGAAAAGAAGAAAACAACAUUGUUUAUUACAUUAGAACCUCGAUAACUCGAAUUCCCCGCUAACUCGAACCAAAUUUUCUUUCCUUUGAUCAAAAUUUUCCUGAAAUUUACCACGAUAACUCGAAUUCCCUGCUAACUCGAACUGUUUUUCGUUUCCCUCGAGAGUUCGAGUUACCGGGGUUAUACUGUAUUUCCGUUGUUGUACGGUUAGGGUUGCAAACCAAGUGGCUUUAGGGUUAGGAGAGCUGAAAGAAGGUAUCAUAACACAACAAAUACAAAAUGGACAUACUUGAAGACGAUUGAAAAGGAAGACAGCAACCCCUCGUAUUGAGGAUUACCAGCUGGUUUUUAAAAACCUGUUUGCCUAACAUAGGGAGACAUAUUUGUUUGACACGAAGUUGUGAUUUAGUCAUUUACAAGUGACUUCUUAGCUAACUUUAAGUUCCAUAGCAAACAAGAACGCGUAAUUGGCAAAAUUAUUAACAAAUACUCUGGCAUGGACAGCCUAGAUAAAAAAUUAUAAAAUUAUUAAAAUAUUGCCUUUUACAGUCUGGGCCAAAAAACAUCUUUAUGUUUUCCUGAAACUAAGGGAGGGUUUCCACAGUCAUGUAAUUUUUACGUGGGUAUAUUUUACGCGCGUAAAUAAAAUAGAGGCAAUAUAUGAAAGGUAUCGCGUAAACGCAAAAGUUCAACGUCACUCAACUUUUAAUUACGCGCCGUAAAUUUUACUCGUGCACGCAGUUAAAAAUUACGUGACAGUGAAUAUCCACCUUAAGAGCAAAUGGGGUACGCGUUACAGGAAUCUCUUUGACCUUAUGACGUAAGACCAAGUCUCGUUUUCUAACUACCGUCUUUGCUCGAUUAAACGCCGCCUUCAAAAUAGAUGCCGCACCUAAUCGGAGGAAUCCGGCGUUUAUUCGAGGAAUAUAAGAAAAAAAUCGGUACAACUCACUGGUAAUCUGCACCAUCCUGGGAUCCAUAAAUUUACGAUUCUGUCUCAGGAAAAUAAGAGAGACAUUAGAGCCUUCAAAUUACAUGAUAUUUACAAGCGAUUUACGGUUACUUUACAGUUGCUAGGGAUUUAAGAAAUAGGGGUUGUUUACCAUUUACAAAUAGAUUCCGGAAAAUCCGGUUGGAGAGUAAAUGGAACACGACUUUUUGGGUCGUUCCAGCGGAAAACUUCCUGGAACAGCGGAACAUCUGAAAAGGUAGUCAUGUUUUCUGGACGGAAUAUUCCAAACAGAAAUUCGUGUUCCAUUUCUUCAAAGCCAUCUUUGAUACCAGUUUCAAGCCUUCGCGGUCGUUUUCCGGUAAAUAGAACUGAUUUGUACAAAGGGUAAACGCGAUUCCGGGACGAAAUUUACCAGUCCUUAAUUUUGCGUACCAUUUUUCCAUUUCAAGGGCCUACUGGUUUGCGCAUGUAAAUGCCAAGUGGUAAACAACCACGAUUUCGAAAUAAACGCCGCCCUUAACCUUUUAAGUCCCAAUAGUGCUCAAAAUCAAUUUUCUCCUAACGAUAUCCAUAGACUAUCAUGAGCAAAGUCUAUGAGAAUUAACAAAAUGAUCACAAAGAGAAAAAUGUUUGAUCUUUUACCAAAUUCUCUCAAAUAAUUCGUCAAGGAAAUGUAUGGAGAUCAGUUUGGAGAAUUUGUAUGUGGAUAUUGGGACUUAAAGGGUUAAAUAAAAACCCAAUCGGAAACGCAGAAAAUUUAACAAACACCGCGGCGUUUAAUCGAGUAAAAACGGUACUGUUGUCUAUUCUUUCCUUCUAGCUUUACUACAGUUUCUGUGAAUUUGGUAAAAUAUUUGUAAAACUACCUUAAAAAGGCCAUUCAAACAUAGGAAUUCUACGAAAGUUGAUUGUUACUUUGUUUCUGUCGUUUAAGGUUAAAAUGCCGCAACAGAGCGAAGCAGAGAAAGAGGCCCUGCUUGCUAAUCAGGUAGUAAUGAUAAUGGUAAUGGUACUGUUAGGCCCCAUUUGUAUGGAGAAAACCUGUCUCAUCAUCGUCAUCACUCUAUUGUCAGUAUCAUCGGUAUGGUCACCAUUGACGUCACAAUCAUCGUCACCAUUAUCGUCGUUGCAACUGUCGUCUCACCAAAGCGGUCUCAUCAUCGUCAUCACUAUAUUGUCAGUGAUCAAUUGAUCGUGACGUCAGUGUCGGCGAAAACGAUGGCGUCGACAUUGACGAUGAUGGUGAUGAUGACAAUGGCGACGAAAACGACGAGAAUAGCAACGGUGAUGGCGAUAAUGAUUACGACAGUUUUUACAAUGGCGAUGAUGAUGAUGAUGAUGAUGAUGAUGAUGAUGGUGAAUAUGAUGAUAAUGACGACAGCGAAAAUAAUAAUAAUGAACUUACGCAACAGGACGGGAGAGGAAAGAAAACAGCCAACCCUGUGUGACAGGCGUGACAAUAUUUUUGUUCAAUAAAAUUUUCUGCCAAACUUCGUCUUCUUUUAAACAGAAUUUUUUUGUGAAAAACCAGAAAAACAUUAAUGUUACGUGAAGAUCGCGACAAAACACGCAAUAAUAGCCCUGUCACGUUUGUUACGCACAAGCGUUUGGCCGUCCUCUUCUUCAGCCUGUUGCGUAAACUCACUAAUAAACAGUGAUGAUUACGCUUGUUGUUUCCCUUGUUCUAAACUAUCGAAUUGGAAGAAGGAAACACGUAUUUAGCGAUACCUUCAGGUUCCUUAUCAUGUAGCUGAACAAAUUAGUGAAAACAUUUACCUUCACAUUUUGUUGUUAAUAAAAGUUCAGGAAAGUAGUUUAGUUAUAAAUGUAAGAUGUUCUAACUAUUUGCAUCCAUAAACCUAGAAAAACAAUUUGAAGAACCUUAUAGCGGAAGGGAACCCAGAAGCGGUGCUGGGCGCCGUUGGGAGCUUAGCAUCUGCCUUCCUUGCGCCAGCCGCUAGCAGCGGAGAAUCAUCUUCAUCAGAACAAAGCAGCGAUUCUGCUUCAUCGGAGCCAAGCGAAGAAGAAAAGCAAAAACAGGCAGAGGUAUGAUGACUUGCAUGUUAGUGAUUACAAAGUUUCAUUGUUGCUUAGCAUUUGACUAAAAAGACGGGAAUAUUUUGAAAGCUUUUUCCUAAGAUUCCUUUUUCGUGAGAUAAUUGACACCAGUUGAUGGCAAGGGCCAUUAGAUGUGUUGGGUCCAAAUGCUCCUUUUUUCUCUGGUACAACAUAAAAACUAUGGUUUUGCUAGCAUUUGCGUCCUCGUGGUUUUGUUCAACCGGGUUAAAAAUGCACCAUUUUGCUCUCCAGAAGGUUUGUAUGAUCUGGACACGUUAUGAGAGAGCUUUAGAUUCUUAGGCGAGGACGACUACGAGUAAGAGAUUUUCUCAGUACUAAGUAGUGCUCUUGCGUGAGCCAGGGUCAUUUUGGCGAGAAAACGUGAUAGCGGUCGUCAUUCUACUACGAGUUUUAGCGAAAAUGUCGUGGUGCCGGGAACAAGUUAUCAAAUUUUAGAGGUUUAAUCAUUUUGCAACCGGAAAAGGUCUGAGCCUUCUCCUAUAAAAAUAACCACGCUAAUUUUUUAAGUAAAAAAUAGUAUAAUGAAGCUUUCCGGUUGAAUAUUUUUCGAGAAUAUACGAAAAAACUUUAAGUUAAAUCUCGUAAUCGUAGUCCUCCUUGUCCUCACAUCUAAAGCUCUCUAAUGCUGUGAAUGUAACAAUCUCAUCCUCAGGGAUUUCAUUACAAAAUUUGAGGGGCGCCCCUAACAUUUUCUGAGGGAAAAGCACUGGGGACGAGUUUUGAAUGUAAAAGACCGGGCGAAGAGCGCCAGUCUUAUUUACCCCUUAACCCGCUCCUUUCAUUUUUUAUCAUAUGGCUUAGUCAAUUCUUGUUCUUUGAUUGGUCAAUUCUAGGUCCUCAACUACCUGUACUGAUCAAAGUUUACACCCACGAUCAUUUCUUUUCCUUCCAUUGUGACUCCACAAGUGCGUCUAUUGCGACAAAAAAAUCGCCAAAAUGUAGUUAAGUUGUCUUUUUUUUAACUUGUCAAUCCCUCUAAUUAUCCAUUCGUUGGCUUGUUUUAAUAACAAAAGGUCGUUUUUAUAAACUGUGGAAUCUUUUGCAAAGCCCUAUCUUUUGUUCAACAGAACCAAAGCAACAGAACAAGAUGACAUAAGAUUGUGUUUUCUUUUUCAUAGCUUCAAGAACAAUUGCUUGAUACCAUUUUGAAAGUAUCAGAACCAUCAAAUCCUGACCAAGCUGUGCAGAUCGCGGGCACAUUGACCGCUGUCGGUUCAAGCAGCGAGCCUUCCGACAGCGCUAAGGUAACAUGCUAAACACACAGACGGGUUGCUGUGAAGAUUUCAGCUACAGAAAUAGUUUAAGUCUGAUAACACUUAUCCAUGCAAUAUUUCAACAGCCAAAACUACGAUUAUUCUUUGAUAUUACGAUUACUAUAAAGUGUAAAAAAUAGCUGCUCGGUCGUUCAUAUUAAGUCAAUCACAUGAUUUUGACUUCUCCGAGUCUUACUGACCGGGCAGUAGAUCACGUGACUUUACCAGCGGUGUCAGUGAAAACACGGGCUUAGUCGGGGUUUUUUAUUCUCGCAGGCUCAAAAAUUCGGUUUCAAUCGUUGUAUAUUGUCUCUUCUUCCCCUCUGCCUCCCCUCUCCACACAUUGUUACUGAUAGUUUGACAUUAAUAUUCAUUCGCCAACUAAGGGUGCUGUAAAAUAUGUCUUGGGAAUUAGACACACAAAUAUUUCUGCUUUGUUCGCUUAUUCCUCCCUCUACUUCUGUAAGUGUCACAGGUGAACAAGUAUAGAGAAUCUGGAUUUUUAUCAUGCCUAACCUCUUACGCAGGCGAUUUGAGGGAUUCGUAUGCCCCUCUCUCCGCAAACGAGAAACCUGAACACCAAGGGCGUGAGUGAAGUGUGUACCUAAAAAGAUGAUCAGUAAAAGCAAAAAUAGAAUAGUGCUGAGCAAAGCAUGCGAAAAAAGCAGGAGGGAAAUCAGAGAUAGUUGUAAAAGAACAACGAGGAAGGGCAUCUCUGACUCCCCUAAAACGCUGGUGCAAGGAUCAUCAUUGGUCUUGAUUUGUAGCGCGAGAUUUCAGUUUCCCCAAUCUCGAAGUGCUGCUACGCAAACAAAAGCAAAAUCACGUUAAAACCUCUUUACAGAUUCACGCAAAAAACCACUUUAAUACAACCAGAUUUUUAAUGGCCUGUAAUUGUCUAUAAAAGGGAUGUCCACCCAUACACGUGUUUUCUCCCAUGCCCAGAUCUCAUGUGUGUCUGUCCCAGCUUUGGAGAUCUGGGUACGAGAUUAAUUAGCCACCUGAGGGUUCACCUGAGGAGAAACUUUCACUUUCUGUCCACCCUGGUGUGAUUAUUGCUCUUUUAUUAUUUGCAGGAAAAAAUGGCAGAUGUCCUUUCUAAUACAAUGAAUGUUGCGGAUAAAAUGAACUCGGAACAACUCACAGAGUUUUCUACAAGUCUUGUUGGUACUUUCGGUGCCCUCCUUACACCUUCUUCACAGUCGUCCGGUGGGGUAAGAAAAUCACGGUCGAGCCUCGGCUACAUAACCAGCACACACACCUCUUUCCUUAGCAUGUCCGUUGUGGAGAUGUGCGACUGUAUGACAAUUUUAAUGUAUUCGUGAGAGAUUGAUUGGUCUUAUUUUGAAAUUUCCUCCUUAAACCUUUUAUUCCCAAUAUAGGGCAAAGUAAAAGUUAAAACAUUUCGAAUCCAAAGAUUUACGUAGUAUUAUGCAAAUUAAUGUGAAAGAAGUUUCAUUUUAAUGUUAACUCCCUAGGAUUUCAUUCACAUAUAAAAACGUUCGAGUGACAUAUCAUCUCAACCUAGUCCCCUUUUCGUUUCUUAAGUGGCGAGCAGGGGCGCAUCCAGAAAAUUCAGAAACGGGUGGCCGCGACACUUUCCGGCUAUAUACUAGAUACUUUUUAUUUUUUUGAGAAUUUUAUACAAAAUAAUACAAAAUUUCAAAGAAAAAGGGGUGACCACGGCCCUUUUGGCCCACCUCUAAAUCCGCCCUUGGCAAGUAGCGUUUUGUGUGAGAAUCACACACCCUCUAGGGAUCGUUCUGAUCACUCAAUUCAACGCUUUUCUUUGCAGAGUAAUUCCCAGUCUGCAAACAGCAGCUCAGCCAGCCCAGUUCAGCAAACGGCCAUGGGCUCGAUGAAUACCAUUCUUGGUUUAAUGUGCGCUCAGAUGGUACCAGGUGAAGCUCCUAACGUCAUUGAAGGUGAACUCGUCGCCAUGGGAGCAGCAGUUGCUGAUCAAUCCCAGUUUACGAGCAUGCAAAUUGGCUCAUGUACUGUCGAAGGAAUUGAUGGAGCUCUUGAUCCAAACUCUUCAGAACCGGUGCAGGCACAGGUGUGGAUUCUUUACCUCAAGACUGUAUAAUGCAACAGAGAGGAAAUCUGUAGGCGUUGGCCGGGAUAUGUGAAUUUCACCUAAGUUAUUUUUUAGGGGGUUGUUAUUAAACGGGAAGUCUGAUUCCUGAGAGGUCUACACAUUUAAAUCAGUCCACAAAUCAAAAAAAUGCAGAAUAUUGUGAUGCCAACUGUUGAAAUCUCUCCUGACAACACUGAACAAAAGUUUGCUGAUCUUUCCGGAAACCAGCUUCCGGGUGAUUAAUUCAAGUGUUUAAUUGGUCUAAAAAUAACUUUGAUGAAAUUCACUUAAGGCUACACUCUCUUGCCCUUUACUCUCUCUCGUCUACCUUGAAUAUUUAAUCGAAAAAGGAUUUAGAUCUGCCUCGAAAAUUGAGGCCAUCGAAUGCCCUUUUAUAAACCCCAAACAAAAAUCCCAAAAGAUAAAUUGAAAAUAGAUGAUUUUUUAGCCCAAAUCAUAGUGAUCGUAACGACGUUACUGCAUUUUAUCAGUCCUACCCUCCCCACUCCCCUGUUUUACCUACUGACAACUAUGCCUAGUAAGCAAGUGUCUUCCCCUGCUCUCAUUCGCCACUUUAGAAACGAGAAGGGGACUGGGGCCGAAAUUUGUCCCGCAAUUGUUUCUGAGAUCGUUACUGGAGACGCACCGAUCAAUUAUUGGCCAUUUUGGUUUCCCAGAAGUCUUUGCGAAAGAUAACUCGGCCCAAUUCUCAAGUGGCAGUUGAACACUCGCCAUGACCAGAAUAUUGACAUUGUUGUUGUCGUUGUCAUCAAUGUGUCAUCGGUGUUUGUAUUCAGCGGUUAUUUUGAAUGCGAAAAAGGACAAAUCUCGAUCUUUAGUCACUUUUUAACUGGUUUGUAUUUAUUGACAGAUGACAACGUUCUCAACUAAUCCCUUUGGAGGCCAGAUAAAUGGUGCUAUUGCUCAACUGGUUCUCAGAGACGGCAAUGGAAACGUUAAGAACGUCUCUAACCUAACCACAUACAUGGAUAUCUUUAUCCCUGAUGAAAAUGGCGAGACCACAGCGGAAACUCAUACACUGGAAAAGCAUAACGCAGACAUGUUAGUAAUAAACGUUAAUGUCACCGAUAACAUGAGUGCGAUAUACAUCUGGGCCAUUCCCGAGCACAACAACACCCAGCUAGUGGUUCUCUGCAGGAAAUACUCCAAACCCACACUGCAAAAUUAUGACUUUCGGCAAAUGGUUCCAAAGGCUCCUAUUCCAAGUAACGUGACUAGUAACUCCAGCGCGAGUAAUUCCAGCCAAGCUAACUCCAGUGGCCCCGAUAACAGCAAGUAUCUUAUGUUCAUUGAUAACGAUGAUUUGAACCAGACGGCCGCUGGACCAUGGCACUGCGGCUUUUAUUACAAUGGUUCUAUCAAUGACACCCAGGAUACCCCGGAGGAAGCCACCUACAACAUCACCAUCGUUCAAAUGUGCUGUAAAUACCUCAAUGAAACCACCGAAGAAUGGGAGUACGACGGAUGUAAGGUAAGUUAGUUUUUUGUUCAAUUCGUCCGCCCAUUUUGGCCCAAAGAGAAGCAUGGACCUACACCUAUAACUUACCUACAAUCUGAUCAUUUUACGUUUCGGUGAAACUGCCCACCUACCCUUCCCUAAGCCAACAUUUUGGUCCAAGUAAGAACUAAGUUUUAAUAUUGGUUUAGGGGAGGGGUAGGUGGGCAGUUUCACAGAAACGUAAAAUGAUCCCAAUCUUUGAGCUGUAGUCAUGUCUAGAGCGGUUAAGCAUCACGUUUACGUCAAACGGCAAACUCGAAUUUGUACCACCUGACCAAGUUUCUCCAUUACUUGUCGUUUACUGGUCAUUAUUUCUACACAUAAAUUAGUAAUUGCACCCAAUUUUUUGUCCGUAAAAAUUGUUUUGAGCCGUUUUUAUCUGCUAGUUUUCUAUUUUGAGAAAUUCUGAACUUGAAUCUGACGUUUGCCAUUUGCCGUAUACUUGAAGGUUAAACUCUCUUCUUUUCUUAAACGGACACCUUCAGGACCGGCGCUGAAGUGUCCGUCUUAGAGAGAUGUCCGUCUUAUAGAGAGUCAACUAACAGAAGUAAAGAAAGGCAGGGAACAAUUCUACAGUGAAGUCUCUUUUAACGGACACCUUUAUAAGACCGACUCCUCGCUGAAAAUAGACACCUAGAAGCGAUCCCUGCCUUUCUUUAUCUCUCUUAAUUAACUCUCUAUACGCCCGAUAUCCGGUCCCGAAGGUGCCCGCCUUAGAGAGAGUUGGCUGCACUAGUGAAAAGAAAGGUGUUAUGCGCUUCCCCCUCCCCCUUCCCCACCCCCAUUCUAGCCUUUCUGAGCCACCUUGUGGCCUUGCCUGCGUUCUCGUUGACUAACUAAAGCAAAAGAUCGUUUUUGUUGUCUUUUUGUUAUCUGUAGCUAUUGUGCUUUCUGUUUGAACUGAAGUACGUCUCGGUCCCUAUUAUAUAUCGUGUACUAAGAUACUUUGUCCAGCCAAAAGAUUCGCUCUAAUUUGGCUUUUAUUCCUGCCAAUAACAUUUAGGCACGACUGAUUCGAAACGACGGUAUUCUUAGCGCAAUACAGCGUUGCGUCAUUGUUAAUACACUGUUUUGUAUGGUUGCAACGUUGUGAUGCGCUAAACAUCUUCCCGUGUAACAUCACAUUUAUGAAAGGAGAAAGCAACAGCUGAAGACACAUGUCACUCAUACACAUAUACACAUACUUUUCAUAUCUUAAAGCCUGGACCCAAAACAACGGUAAAGUUACGCCACUGUCGUUGCAAUCAUCUGACGUCCUUUGCAAGCGACUUCUUCGUACCGCCAAACAAGAUCGACUGGAGUAAAGUCUCACUUGAAGAGCUUCUCAAAAAUCCCUUGGUGUUUUCUGUCGUUUGCGGAAUUUUUGGUCUAUACUUUCUUCUUUUGAUAUGGGCGAGGCGAGCUGACAGAAAAGACUUAGAGAAGGUAAGUGCAGCCGUAUAAGGUAUUACAACUGAUUUGUUUGCCUAAAUAAUGAAAAGCAAAGCAAGACGUUACUGCUCAGUAACGUCGAUUCGAGUUAUCACCUUAAUGACGUUGCAGGGCCGUAGCAGGCCUUUAGAAACUGGGGGGGUAGCAAGAUUUUAGGGAGUUCAUUGUAUUUGAAAAGCAGAGGGUUUUGGGUGCGGAGGGCACAUCGGACUUUAUCUUAAAACCAGAAAAUGUUUCACCUGGCUGCAAAGACAUCUUCAAUGCUCUGGGAGAUGAAUUUUUAUUUUCAACUAUUAUGGGUGCAUGUUUUGACUUCUUGGGCCCAAAAACUUGGGGGGGUGGGGUGUUAUACGGCCCUGCGUUGCUUAGAACUUCUUGAUGCAAGCUGAACUGCUUGCAAUGUCGACAGUGGCCACAGUAAUUCGCCACUUUACAAAAGAGAAGGAAAAUGGGCCGAGUUAACUUUUCGCAAAGGCCUCUGGGGUCGUUACUGGGGGCGUAAUGGUCAGCUAUUGGCCAAUUUUUUCACUCUCUCUGGUAAUCGUCCCAGAAAUCUUUGCGAAAGUCAACUCUGCCCAGUUUUCUUCCUGUUUCUACAGUAGUGAAUGGUUUUGUAGGAAACCAUAGCCUCAGUAUCAGGCAGUUCUAAGGGGGAGGGGAGAGGAAGCGAGAGAAGCGAAAUGGGGACACAGCGAAGGGAGAGAAAGCCUAUCCUUCCUCUCUCUCUUCUCCCCUCCCCCUCUAAAAACUCCCCUCUCCUAACCCCUAAAGAAGGCCUUAUGCUCUAAGGAAACUAAGGAUUUCCUUGUUGUUCUUUAUUUCCUAACGUAAUGUUUAAAUUUGCCAAUUUAUAAUAACCUGUGAGCAGGCUGUUUUAUUGGGAACCGCGAAAGGACGCGAGAGAGAGCGGCGAAGCCAAGAGGACAAAGGUGAAUUCGAGCCAGCUCUUGCUUUCCUUCCCCCAUUCUCGUUCUCGCGUCUCCUCUCGCGUGCCGUUCACGCGUGACUUCUCGCGACUCCCCGAAUUAGAGAGCUUGCCCGCAGGCUUAGUUAAAAUUCAUUCCUCUAUUUUCCAAGGUGGGCGUGGCUCCAUUACCAGACAAUGACCCACGUGACACGUACAUGUACGAGGUGGUGGUUUACACGGGAUUUGUCAGUAACUCGGGAACAUCAUCUGAGGUUCGCAUUGUGCUCACGGGUGGCCUUGACGAGACUACCCCGCGCCGUCUUAAAGACACGGAGCCUGGUCGGCGAAAGUUUUGCAGAGGAAACGUCGACUACUUCCUUUUGAGCGUGCCACAGUGCUUGGGAAAGCUUAAGACUCUAAAAAUCUGGCACGACAAUACAGGGCCCACCCCCUCCUGGUACCUUCUUAGGGUGAUGGUUCAUGACGUGCAAACGGAAGUAAAAACAUGGUUUAUCUGCGAUCGAUGGCUGGCCGUGGAAGAGGAUGAUGGGUUGGUAGAGCGAACACUAAUCCCGGCUUCCAAAGACGAGCUCACAAGCUUCAAUUUGCUGUUCUCGACGGAAGCGCGCAAAAACUUAACGGACAACCACUUGUGGUUUUCGGUGGUAGCGCGCCCAGCGAAGAGCAAUUUUACACGAGUACAGCGUCUUUCCUGUUGUCUCUCAGUACUGCUUAGCACGAUGCUUGCCAACGCAAUGUUUUAUCAAGUGGGUGCCGAGUCAUCUUCAGGAACAUCUGUUCACGUGGGGCCAUUUAGCUUUUCAAUAAAGCAACUGUCCAUCGGCAUCAUUAGCAGUUUAGUUGUUCUUCCGGCUAACAUCUUGAUCGUGACGUUUUUCCGGAAGGCGCGGCCUAAGGAGGCUAAAGAAGGCUUGAAUAAGAACCAGGACCCUCACGGUCAGAGUCCGAAAUACGAAAUGGAAGAAGUGAAUGCGACUGUGACUAAAGAAGAAGAAGAAGUUGAAGAGGAAGAAGACGAUGGCAAGAAAAAGGACAAAAAGAAAAAGAAAAAGACGCUACCUCAUUGUUUUGUAUACAUAGCGUACGUGCUGGUGUUUAUCACUUGCACUGUGUCUGCUACGUUCACCAUCUUUUACGGUCUAACGUUUGGGAAAGAGAAGUCCGAAGGAUGGAUAUCGUCCAUGAUGAUCUCAUUUUGGCAAGAUGUGCUCAUUUCACAGCCUCUUAAGGUGAGUUUUUGGUAUCACUUGUGUUACUAGCUUUCUAGAAUUCGAAGCUGUCCCUUUAAUUGUUAAGGAUAUUUGACUGGUAAACAAGAAUAUGAUAUGGCUCCGAGUUUGGGGCCUUUUCGGUGACAAAAACACUUCAAAUCGUUUGGUUCUGAAACCGAUAACAAUAAUAAUAAUAAUAAUAAUAAUUACAUAAUUAAUAUUAUUAGUAUUAGAGUGAUUUUACUUGACCCGUGAAACAGAGGAAAACAACUAGUAAAAAAUAGCUAAAAGUAAACAAAAGAAGAUAAUGGAAUAGGUACGUAAUAGUGGGUAGUAUUCUACUACCUGUUUCAGGGGUCAAAUAAAAUCAUUCUAUUUAAUAUUAUUAUUAUUAUCAUUAUUAAAAUUCAAAUAGCGCCGUGUAAACGGGUCCCGCAGUUAAAAAAUUCGCACGCUUAAAAUCUUGUUUGGACACCAGUAAACUGGGUUUUAUAUCCCUUUAUGCUGCGUUAACAAAUCAUCAAUUCAAUACUUUUCCACUUACACUGCUUUCGGUUGAUCUUAUUCCGGAAUAAAAACGCGACAACGUUUUUUUAAAAAUCUCUUUUACCGUAAUUUUUGGAGUAUUUAAACACUACAAGAAUCUAUUUCAAGCCGAUUUCUCGAUACCGUAAAUCCUCUAUUAACCCCCCUCUCAAAUAAGCCCCCCUCUCUUUAACCGCCCACUCUCAAGAUCCAAAAAUUCAAUAAGCGCCCAGGGCGGUUAAUCGAAUAAAUACGGUAAUUGCGUUCCAGGUGUUCGCGGCUGCCAUGUUCUUUGCCGUCGUUGUUAAAGAUCCGAACAAAGCGGAAGAAGAGAACGAACAGGAAAGCAACGAGCUCAAUCCGGAUGAGGAAGCUCUGCACAGUCAGAAGAAAAACAGUGAGGAAGAAAAAGCGCUGCGCAAAAUUGGUUUCGUCGAUAAACCGCCUGAUCCAGCAAAACUGGAAGCAGCUCGUAAGCUGAAAGUCAAACAGAAGGAGAUGAAGAUCAUUAUCCGAGAAGUUAUCCAAUAUGUCGUAUUCCUCUGCGUACUUCUUGUCAUUGCUUACGGUAACCGUGACCCAAUGGCUUUUACUGUGACAAGAGCUAUGCGUGAUAUGUUCGACGAAGCGACCUAUUCAGGAAAUGAUGGGAUCGAAGAGGUAAGAUCGUCUAAAAGGACGUAUUCUGUGAAUCCUUAACUUUCCAAUCCAGAAACUUAAGGAGGAAUAGGUACAUGCUUUCGGCACAACGAUUUCUGGGAUCGUUUAGGUGGACAAGCGUUACUUAUGAUUGGUUAAUGGUUGCCCUAAAAACUACCGAUCAAUCAUAAGUAACGCUUGUCCGCUAAAACAAUCCCAAAAAUCUUUGCGUCGAGAGCUUGUAGCUGUCUCCCCUAUAGUUUCUGCAGUGGGGAAUUAUUAUUUACCGCAGUAGAAAACUGAGCUCUGUCAGUAGAGUGCCAAACUGCACAGCGGGGCGUCGCGUCUUCGAUCUAGGCCCUUUUAAGGCUCCGCAUGACCCUUGGUCAUUGCUGACGCGACUGGCUAUAGCUACGAUGCGCGGGAAACUGGGACAAAAGUCGUCCCCCAAAUCAAUCCAAUAGUACUCUUCGAGACAAGACUGACAAAUCUCGUGCGCACCUUUGAAAUAGCCAAUAGGAGCGAUGGACGUUACUAGGUUAUGGGUUCUAGACCUCAAGUGUUCUAAUGUCGUCUUUAUCAUUUCUUUUGAUUGUGAUAAUUGAUGAGGCAGCGAUACUGUACUGCUUAUAACGUAUAAGGACUUCAAAAGUUCACAUCUAGAGCUCAAUAUUCAAUAUCGAUCUUGCAUUCUCUCUGACGAGGGGGCGGAAUUUCCGCAAGGGGUCAAUUUACUUUAUCAGUUCAAUUCAAAUUUAAGGUGGCUCCGUAAUUAAUACAAGAGCAUUUAGCUGUGACAAAUUUUCUGUCAUAACUUUUUCAAUUUUAACUCGAUGGCUGCGAAACUUUGCAAAGAACAACAGAUAUCAUUCGGCAAUAAUACGAAAUAUUCCGAUUUCAUUGAUGGUAAAUAUUCCUUGAGAAAUUAGCACUUAAAAGGACCCUAAUGUUCAAAGAAAAUUGCGUCUAGUAAAAAAUUUUGCUGAUAUUUUUUACUGAAAUUUCUGGUAUCGGCUUCAAUUGAUAUAAUAAAUAUGCCAGAGGAAUUUCAGAAAAAUUGUUGGAGCAGAAGUCCGUAACUAAAAGUCGCUCAAAAUUUAGCUGUGAAAUUGUUUUGGAAUUUCAAAAAUAAAUUACUAUCAGGAAGAAGGAGACACCUCUUUCAAUUUUCGGGACAAGUAAAUUCAAUGUUUGCUAAUUCUUAAAACAGAAGCCGAUUGCCUCUCGUGCUAUUCUUUAGAGGAUAUUUUUCAGUUUUAGAAGCACUAUAAAUUGCUCCAAACUUUGCUCUGACGUCGAAUGACUUGUUCCUCGACAUUUUUAAAAUAUCCCUUGGCAGUUUUGGUUCAAACUCCUGCUACAUACAUUUUGAUGUAUUGCAAUGCAUCCUCAACGGCUUUUCCUGCUGUACGUUGUUUCCAAUUCAGGAAAAAGGUAUUGGGAUUGUAAGCUGCCUUGUAUCGAAGCUCAGACAGAACUGUCGAGCACCUUUGUUUAUGACCAGAAAAUGAGCACGAGCGGCAGCUCUGCGAGGAAUUCGCACCUCAGCCAGGGGGGACGAGUGACAAUGAUGCCCAUGUCUGUGAACCGAUCUGUAUAAACAUGUAUUGCAGAGCAAAACAUAAUAAUCAAGGAAAAAUUACCCAUUCAUUGAAGGAAGGAGUGACAAAAAUUUCAGAGUUGUAAAUUUAUUCACGGGCAGUAUUUUUGCGAUAAUUUUAUUUUGCACUGUGAUGUUAUUUGGUUCACAGGCAUGGUCAUCAUUGUCGUUCGUCCCCCCUGGGUGAGGUGCGAAUUCCUCGCAGAACUGCCGCUCGUGCUCAUUUUGUAGUCAUAAACAAAGGUGCUGGACAGUUCUAUCUGAGCUCUGAUACGAGGUAGCGUCCAAUCUCAAUACUUUUUUCCUGAGUUGGAAGCAACGAACAGCAGUAAAAGUCCUUGAAAAUGCAUUGCAAUACAUCAAAAUGUAUGCAGCAGGAGUUUGAGCCAAAACUGCCAAGGGAUAUUUUAAAACUGUCGAAGAACAAGUAAUUCUACUUCAGAGCAAGGUUUGGAGCAAUUUAUAGUGCUUCUAAAACUAAAAAGUACCUUUUAAAGAAUAGCACGAUAGGCAAUCGGCUUUUGUUUUAAGAAUUAGCAAACGUUGAAUUUACAUGUCCCGAAAAUUCAAACUGGUGGCUCUUUCUACCUGAUAGCAAUUUAUUUUUGAAAUUCCAAAACAAUUUCACAGCUGAAUUUUGAGCGACUUUUAGUUACGCACUUCUGCUCCAACGAUUUUUCUGAAAUUCCUCUGGCAUAUUUAUUAUAUCAAUAAAGCCGAUACCAGAAAUUUCAGUAAAAAAUAUCAGCAAAAUUUUUUACUAGACGCGAUUUUCUUUGAACAGUAGGGUCCUUUUAAGCGCUAAUUUCUCAAGAAAUAUUUACUAUCAAUGAAAUCGGAAUAUUUCGUAUUAUUGCCGAAUGAUAUCUGUUGUUCUUUGCAAAAUUUCGCAGCCAUCGCGUUAAAAUCGAAAAACUUAUGACGAAUAUUUGUCACAGCAAAAUGCUCUAGUAUUAAUUACGGAGCCACCUUAAAUUUAAAUUGUUUUUCACUCACGCAUAAUAUUUAACAAUUAUUUCUCGAACCCGAAUGGGCACUGAGUCAAUAGCUAUUGACUAAAUGGGCUAAUGGGCUAUUGACUCAGAGGCCAUAAGGGCGAGAGGAAUAAUUGUUUUCGUAAAAUCCAACUAGUUGGUCAAAAAUAUCGAGACAAAACAACUUUAGCUAGCAAAACGCGAUUCAGCCGCCUUUGUUUUGGUUUUCAAAGCCGGCGCUUUUCGCUACUAGUGGUCUAUAACAUAUAGCCUAGUAGUAGCUCAACCAAUCAGAACGCAGGAUUGAUGAUAGACCACUAGUUGGAUUUUACUAAGAAAGAUUAUAAUAAUAUUAUGACAGAAGGUUCUAAACAAAAUGAAUACAAAUACAAUGUAAAAGAGAAUAAGAAUUAUGUCCAAAUAAUUUACAAAUUCAAUUCUCCACAAGCUUUCCCAAGGCUUAGUGGGGAGAAAGAACAAGCGAGAAGCGCGAGAGCUGGAGACAAGCGAGAAGCUCAAAAAGGGGAUGAUGGGAACGAGCGCAAAGCGCGAGCAGGGAAUGAUGGGAAGGAAAAGGGGGAAAGGAGAAAUCCCUGUAACAAAAACUGCAAAACGCUCGAAAAUGUCCAAAGUCGUCCAGAUAGGUAGAAUGGCGUAAUAUUUAGUCGAUGAAGCGCCCUUGCCAUCACUGGAAGACUACGCUUUUUUCUCCCCUCUCCAUCACUCCUUUCGCGCCCGGUUUCCUUAAUAAUUAACUCAAAUAUCCCUCAAAAAGAGAUCGCGAGCGACUGAGGAAGAGGCAGGUCCCAGUUUGUGAAACCGCCGGAAUUCUUUCUUUUUAUAGGUGGAUGAUUACCGCUCUUACUGGAGCUGGGUCGAAGAGACGUUUAUCCCCACUCUAAUGCCUAGAUUCUGGUACGGACCUUUUGCCAUGGACGAAGACGAUUUAGAAAUCCUUAAUAAAGAAUCCAGUAAAGAAGAAGUCGAUAAACAGAAAAGUAAAAAGGUCAAGAAGACCAGGAUCGUCGUCAGUAAUAUCGAGACAGGUUUUAAUGUACUCUAUGGAUACAAUGAAGGCUUUGUAGCUGAUCACAGCACUGCUAUACUAGUUGGUACCCCCAGGCUCCGCCAACUAAGGAUACAGAAAGGUAUGUAGCUUUUUGUUACAGUCUAUUCCAAGAUAUUGCUGAGAAAUAGAGCCUAUGAGGCUCCGUCGACACCGAUAUAGAGUAAUUAGUAAAAGGCUUUUCCACCCCCAAAACCGAUGAAACGUUUUCCAACAGCAGUCGCGGAACCAGGAGAGGUCCGGUCUCCCCUUCCCUCCCCCAUCAAACCUGACGUUUGUUUGAGACUGAAAUUCUUACAUCGACAGGAUUGUAUAUUAAUUUUUAACUGGCUAAUUUUUUUUAUUGAAACGCACGUUGCAUUUUGCCACUAAACUAAAUUCCAGGGACAUUCAAAAAUGUAAUUGAUUUUGGUACCCUCCUAUGAUCUGUUCGCCUCUGCUCGCAAAGCAGUAUUUCCUGCGCCAACGGUGACCGGCGUUCACAGAUUGAGAAACACGUGGUCGGCUGUGCUUUCCCAGCUGGUCGACAAUUAUGUAUCCUUUACGAGUAAAAUAAGGGAUCAAGGAAUUAUAACGUACAACCUCGACUGGUGGGAGGGGGUAUGGGGGAGAGGUAAUUUGCCACAAAAAAGUUGAACGCACACAAAAGCGGAUCCACACCGGUUUCCACCGUUUUAAUAGUCGACAUAUUUUUAAUACAUCUAAAACUUUCCAAGUUGAGGGGCUUUAUCCAAGGUGAUUGGACAUGGCCCAUAUCCUGUCUGAAUGAUUCGGAAACCCAGGAAAGGAGACUUUAGGGAGUUAAAAUCUAAAAAUGAUUUCCCCGGGAACCUUACCCCCAGAUCCCCCAAGAAGCUUGCGCCUUCGGCACUCUUCUAGGAAAUCGGUCAGUAUCUAUCCUAGAUCCUGUCUGAACCAAAGUUUGCCCCUCCCCCCAUCCCCCCCGAAAUAAAAAAUUCCCGGAUCCACCCCUGGGAGUCCCGGGGAACAAUCUAUACAUUCAAUUCACCCGCUCUACAACGGCGUCCCUUCAACAACGGAAACCGCUACUGAGUUGCGUCCUACUUGCUAAAAUAACCUCUCCCAAAGGCCAUUUAAAAGCGAACGAUGAUCAAACUGAUGCACUCGCUGUAUCUAAUACUAGCAUUGUUUUGUUGACAGUUUUUUUCUAACUAUUCUUUUUCUCUAUUGUAGACAUAUUUUAGAAGCACCUUUUCAACUAAAAAUGUUUUUUCCUUCUCCCAACAUUGCUGCCAUAUCACAGCCCUACCCACAAGCACAGACUGCUCUUCAAAUCACAGAAAACCCAACGACUCGGUUAGCGAGAGUCUCCUUCCUCGACGCAACAAACCAUGGAAACGAAUGAUCGUGCCCCUUUAACUAACCAACUUGCUAAUGCAUGUUAAGUUAUCGCUUUCUUUUUCCUGCAGGAAAAUGCAAACUGAUACCUUUCCUCAGCAACAUUUUCGAUGAAUGUAACGUAGCUUAUGACUGGGAUAACGAAGAUUCAGAAUCGUACGAGCGGCGCUGGGAACCAUUUGUUUCAAAUAAAAGCACGGAAGGCGAAGAAGUGGAACCCUCCCCAUGGACUUAUCAAUCACAAUGGGCCCUGAAGGGGACUCCGUACUGGGGCACGUAUGCGACUUACUGGGGAGGGGGUAAGUAUUCUUUAAAAAUAUCUACGAGUAGUCCCUCAUUUUCCUCAGGAGUAAUAGAGUGGGCGAAAAGCCGGUUGCUCCACUGUCCUGUUUUUCGUCUCUUCACGAUUACACCUAUUAGCGCGCUUUUUCCUCUCGUAAGAUGAAUAACGUUAAGUUAUGGCUAUUAUCUUAAAAUAGAAUUGUCUUGUUUGGGAACAUACUAUGGCACUUUACAAUCGAUACCUUCGAGCCCCUACUAGUAGAACCCUUUAGGCUCUUAAUCGCUAUACAGAAAAGGAAAACCCGGUGAAUUGUGCGUUGAAAUCUUAGCUCAAUGGCGGUCUCUAUUACGUUAUAAAAUAACUAGGAUAGUGCCGCGUUCUGAUUGGUUAAAAACCUAUGGUUUAUUGUGCCGGUAAACUCAUAGAGUGUAUGUAUGUAUGUAGAGUGUUCUCCCAACAUCCCAAGUGGGUUAUCAGGCCGGUAAAACCAUAGAAAGUGUGGUCUUUUGCUUAAAUACACUGAUUAGGCCCCACGUUCAGUAUUUUUGCACAUAUUUGUUUAUACUCGCAAAGUCUCUUUUCGCUUUUCACGUUUCAACAGGGACUCUAGUAAUGCUUAGAAGCUUGCUUGACCAAACUCUCCCUUUAACUUCAACGUGUCCUUCGUGUCUUAAGAAUCAAUAACAUCACCGUAAUAUAUAUUCUUUUGUAUUCUCUCUUUAGGAUACGUAGCAGACUUCGGAGAUGACCGCAGCAAAGCCGAAGAUUUAACUACACACCUUGAAUCCAAUGGCUGGAUUGAUCGUUACACGAGAGCCAUCUUCGCCGAGUUUACGAUCUACAAUGCUCAGACCAACUUUUUCAGCGUCAUCACACUGUUAUCUGAGAUUUUACCCACUGGGGGCUACUAUCACCAUCCGAAAAUUCAAACCUUAAGGCUUUACCGUUAUGUAGGACCGGAAAUGGCGUUCGUCAUGGCCUGUGAAAUAACUUACAUGGCCUUUUUGCUUUAUUUCCUGUACAAGCAGGUAGGAUAACCGAAAAUACGAAUAGAUCGUUUUCCCUUGACGUCACGGCGGCCAUGUUGGUGUACAACUGUUAACUCUUUUCUAUGUAAAAAUGUCUUUUGUUCCAUGAAAUUUGCGUAGCCGCUGACCGUGUGUGUGAAAACGAUCUAUACGACUGUAAAUGAUUAUCUGAGUUCCAUAGGGCGAUGUUUGUUGUGUUUGUUUUAUCGCAACUGUUAGUGAGCCACACUCAUUGUGACCAGCGAACUCCGACCGCCCGGCAUUACCCAGACGUCUUUACACCUGAACGUUGUUCUCCUGUCCUCUGUUGUUACUGCUCGGACUACCUCUCCUGUAUAGGGUGUCCCCAAUAUGUUUUUCGGGAUCCGGGACUUCCCUUAUUCGAAGCUCGAGUUUCGGGAUUUUAAAGCAAAAUCGGGCAGAGAUUAGGGAUUGAGAGAAUGUGCGGGAUGCGGGAUGCCAAAAAUAACCCUCGGAACAACGGGAUUGCACGAAAUUUUGGGUCGGGAUCGGCAGUAUUGAAGAACUCUUUUGGGGAUUCUCUGUAUAGGGAAUCUCGGAAAGUAAGGCAGAGGAUAAAUAGAACCGAGCCCUAUUAAACGCAUCCUUUAUGCUGAUCACUUGCAUUGCUUUGCAGCCCUUGGUAUUUUCCUAUUUGGUCGGUAAAUCAGUGUUAAACAUGUCAUCUUUCACAACAAUUCCGUAAUAACGACACGCUUUCCGCUUAGUCGUCGUUUUAGCGAGUAAAAUCGUCACCCUCUACCCCCCAUAUCAGAAAGGUCAUUAGUAUUAAGCUUAUAAUAACAUUCUAUCAACUUUUACUCCGAAAUUUUGUAUCUACUUUUCGUUGCAAUUUUAAAAUAACAGUAAAAGAAAUAUAAAGGAGAAAAAAGAUAUUUCGCAGUUAUGGUGGGGAAAGAAUCGCCCUUUGUGAGGUAAUCUAAGACAGUCUUCGAUUCUGGACUCCACGCCGUGGAUUGCGGAUUCCAGGCACUAGAUUCCAGAUUCUUUAUCAGUGGGACGUGGACUCGGGAUUCCAAUCGUUAGUAGGACUCCGGAUUCCUUGAGCUGUAUUCCGGAUUCCAAAGCCCAGGAUUCCGGAUUCCACAAGCAAAAAUUCCUCGCAUUCCGGAAUCCGGAUUACCUUACAUGGGGCGAUUUAUGUUGGAAACUGCCCACCUACCCCUCCCCUAAGCCAAUAUUUUGCCCUAAGUGAGAAGUAAGUGUUAAUGUUGGCUUAGGGGAGGGGUAGGUGGGCAGUUUCCCAGAAACGUAUAAUGAUCAACAUUUCCCUGUUUUUAGGUCAAGAAGUACAGAAAAGAACGAAGAGAUUAUUUCCGUGAUCCUUGGAACUAUCCCGAGCUGCUGGUUCUUUGCUUUUCUUUAUCCGCCAUCGGGUUGUUUUUUGCACGUCUGGCCAUCACAAAAUACACCAUUGGUAACAUGCUCGAGACGCCCGGCAAGUUUGUCAGUUUUCAGUACGUGGCUUUCUUGGAUGAGUGGGUGUCCGCUACAACAGCUUUCGCGGUGUUUUUCUCGGUCCUGAAGUUUCUACGCCUGCUGAAGUUCAACCGUCGCGUCUCCCUGUUGAUUCAAACCAUCAAAAUAGCCUCCAAGCCGCUGAUGUCUUUCAUGAUGUUGUUCUUCGUUUUAUUUCUUGCAUUUUGUCAGUUCGCGUACGCGGUUUUCGGAGUGGACAAUGAAGAAUACGCCACUUUUCCAACUACGCUUGGUAGCAUGAUGUCUAUGACCCUUGGAAGUUUCGACUUUCAUGCGUUGACGGACUCGAGCCGAAUAUUGGGUCCUAUGUUCUUUUUCGGUUACGUUGUGUCCGUGUUUUUCGUACUCAUGAAUGUGUUUAUUGGAAUCUUAAACGAUGCGCUGAACACCGUUGCAAACGAUGUGUCGAUACAGUCCAACGAGCACGAACUUCUGGACUUUAUGUUGCAUUCCGUUAAGAAGGCGGUUGGCAAGCAAGUCGGUCCGGCAAUUAAACCUGCAUACAAAGAACCCAAGAAUCAGUUUGAGCUCAACUUGGACAGCAUCGAAGAGAUGUCGGAAAACGUUCAAUACGCGCUCAGGAACAUUUGCAUGGAAGACAUCAGACAAGCGACGUGGUUUGAACCAGAAAAUGCCUCCAAGAAAAAGAAAAUAAUGAUGAUGAUGGUUCUAGAAACGGACGAAGACUUUACAGAAAAUGAUAUUUGCGACAACAUUCCGUUGUUUGAUGAAGUGAUGAAAAAGCACAACGAAAGAGAGCUAUUAGAUAAGCUCAUUUGCUACCGAGAACAGAAACGGCUCGAGGAAGAGGCAUCGCAAGCGGACGACCAAUCAGAUAACUCUUCCGAUAACGAAGAUGAAUCGGAAAACGACUCUGACUCGGAAGAUGACAAUCAGAGCGUAGCCAGCGACGACAGCAGCAAGAAACCAGGACACAUAACGUUAACAGUAGAAGCUCCUGACGACGAGGAGAUCAUAAAUGAAAUCGAAGAGCGUUAUUCACCAAGACCAGUGUCCGGUAUGAAACUGUUAGAUGUGAGCGGCUCGUCAAAUGCUUAA